UGAAAGACCGGGGCAUGCAUGCACCUUAUUCUCUUUACAUUCAUCAGCCGUUCAGAGGGGGAGUCUAGAUUCAAGCUGAGUUUCUGCUUAAUUAAAUCUUCAACUCAAUUUCAAGUGUCUCUCAGGGACUCUCAGCCUGCUCUCCCUCUGCGGCCUCCUCUUUCGUGCUGACCAACUUUGGCACCUGCAACAACCAAGAACUAUGGCCCAGCAACAACAGAUCAGCCUCCCAGCAAAACUUAUCAAUGGAGGGAUUGCAGGCAUGGUAGGAGUCACCUGUGUGUUUCCAAUCGACCUGGCCAAGACCCGCUUACAGAACCAACGCAGCGGGCAGCAACUCUACAAGAGCAUGGUUGAUUGCCUAAUAAAGACAGUUAAAUCUGAAGGUUACUUUGGCAUGUACAGAGGUGCUGCAGUAAAUCUCACUCUUGUAACCCCUGAGAAGGCCAUCAAACUAGCUGCUAAUGACUUCUUCCGCCACCAGUUGAGCAAAGACGGUGGCAGGCUGACAGUGUUCAAGGAGAUGUUGGCAGGGUGCUGUGCAGGAAUGUGCCAGGUGAUUGUCACCACACCUAUGGAGAUGCUCAAGAUCCAACUGCAGGAUGCUGGCAGGCUAGCCCAGCAGAGGGUGAUGCCUAGUGUAGUAACGACUCUGAAGAUGGGGGGUACUAGUGCUGUUCUUAGCCGUUCCUACAACACCACCCCUGCACCUCAAGUCAUGCGAGUGUCUGCCAUACAAAUCACUAAAGAGCUGCUGAGGACCAAAGGAGUCACAGGACUAUACAGGGGACUCGGAGCAACUUUGAUGAGGGACAUCCCAUUCUCUGUUGUGUACUUUCCUCUUUUUGCACAUCUGCACCAACUUGGCCAACGUUCUUCUGAAGACCCAUCUGUGCCUUUCUAUUGGUCCUUUAUGUCUGGCUGCUUGGCUGGAUGCAUUGCUGCUGUGUCUGUCAGCCCCUGUGAUGUGGUGAAAACAAGGCUACAAUCAAUCAAAAAAGGAGCGAAUGAGGAAACCUAUAAUGGAGUGGUGGACUGUAUCAGAAAAAUCCUGAUAAAGGAGGGUCCCGGAGCGUUCCUCAAGGGGGCCAGUUGCCGCGCCCUGGUUAUUGCCCCACUCUUUGGCAUUGCCCAGGUUGUGUACUUUGUAGGAGUUGGAGAGUUCUUGCUGGAGUACACCCCCUCCAACAUCUUCUCUGCAUAAACAAGCUGUUUCUCAGUCUUUCUGCCGCCUCAUUAAAUUACAGGCAGCUAUGCCCUGGGCAUAGCCAUGGACCCAGAUCUCCAUUACUGUGUACCUUCUUUAUUGCUAGAGGGUUUCAGAGUAAAAUGCUGAAGGGACCGGAGAGAUGUCAUUUCAUUUCAAAAUGGUUUGCCUUUAGCAUGACUACCUCUUUUUUAAGAGAUUGAGAUUCAAACUUGCCUGUCUGUAUAGGCUUCACUUGAGCUUGUAGAGCUUAUUACCUGAAAAUAAUUUCUUCCCUUACUGAGGGACUUUAUAGAUCACCAUAUCACUUAGAUCAGACUUGAAACUACUCCUGUGGCACCAAACCUUUACCCCUAGAUUUAGCCCCUAUCCCUCAGUGUGCCCCAAAUUAACCCAUUCACUGUAACCCUAACCUGUAUGUCUCAUUUUGGUAACCCUGUUACAUACAGCAACCUUACUGUGCCAGGGAGCAUCGACUAAGUAAUAACAAAGGCAGAAUACUGAAACUUUACUUGAAUAGCUUCAAUCCUGUUUUAAAGGGUUACAUGAUAAACUGAGCCAUGGAUGGCGAUCCCUGUUUAUGUACAUAGUAUGUUUUGUUUUUAAAGCAGCUAUAAAAGCAGAUAUAAUUUUGGUAAAGAACAACCUGGUUCGGAAAAGAUCUGGAAAACUGAAGGGGUUAUAACUUAUGGACGAAUGAAACUGUCCACCAGGAUACCAUACAAGGAUUCUGCGUUGUAUUGUAUUAUAUGUAGGAGGGAUUGUUCCCUGUGGUUCUGAAUUGUUUGCAUCCUUGUCUAAACACUACUAUAUAGCUGACCAUUGGUGCUUUUUUGUGUUUAAGGAGUUGUUUUUUUUUCUUUCUUUUUUUUUUUUUUUACUGGCCACUGUGUACACAAUCUUUGUAUGGCAGCCAACACAACCCUGUUUAUGUAAUGUGCAAGCUUGAACUCGCAGCUAAACAGCUCAACAAGGCCUUCUGAGGUUGACUUUGGAGAACUGCUUUUUUGUGGUACAGGAAAUGUUGCUUGAUGGUGGUAAACUAGCUAAAACUAUCUAGCUAUCGAUGGGAUUCGUUGUGCUUUUGGGACCAAGUCUUCUGAAAAAAAGUGCAACACAACCUACAUAUAGCCACUUUCUCUGAGUUGACUGUGGUUGUCUGUGACUGGUCAAGGUUUCUUGUCAGUUAGUGAUACAGGAGACUGCACAAAUGUUCAAUGUUAAGCAUUUUGAAGCAGAACAGAGUGCGACAGUGAGCUGCACUCUCUCUCUUCUGGAAGAUGUCAUGGGUAAAAGUCGUUUAAACAAUUUUACCAAUGUAAAUAUUUAUCCUGUAUCCUUUCAUUGUUCUCAGACUGUGCAAGCACUUGUUAACAUUUCAACAUUUAAAGUGUUUCACCCAGUUGAGAAUUGAAAUUGAGUAUUUUACAAGUUGGAAGUCAUUUUGGAAUUAUGCAUGUAAAUAAUAAUGUAUUAAUUCUGAAUAAAUAUUUUUAAAUGCA